GCCUGCACUGGCAGCCGCUGAGGCACGCACGCUGCGCGAGAGUGCAUCAUCUUCUCGAGCUGAGCGCUGCGGAUGCAAGGUGCGCGUGCCGCGGCUGCUCAGGCUGCUGCUCUUGUGCCGGCCGGCCUGCCCCAGAAGACGCGCCUCGCUGUGCCCGCGCCUCGCCGUGCUGCUGCUUCCCUCUCUCCUGCCACCACCCGACCCCGAUCCUGCCUCGCACCGCUCGUCUCCGUCUCGCCUGCCUCUGUCACCGUCCCACCCGCUCCCCGUCACCCCCGCACACACUCGCCCACCAUGGCGCCGCAGCAGAAGGGCUUCAGCUGGUCCAACAUCGCCGUCGGCGCGACGAUGAACAUGUUCGAGGUCUCGACGCUCGGCCAGCCGCUCGAGGUCAUCAAGACGACGAUGGCGUCGAACCGCAAGGCGUCGAUGGCCGAGGCGCUCAAGACCGUCUGGUCGCGCGGCGGCGUGCUCGGCUUCUACCAGGGCCUCAUCCCCUGGGCCUGGAUCGAGGCCAGCACCAAGGGCGGCGUGCUCAUCUUCACCAGCGCCGAGAUCGAAAAGGUCGCGUCGCGCAACGGCUUUGGCGCCGGCGCCUCGGGCCUGCUCGGCGGCAUGGGCGGCGGCAUUGCGCAGGCCUACGCCACGAUGGGCUUCUGCACCUGCAUGAAGACGGCCGAGAUCACGCGCCACAAGCAGGCCGCCUCGGGCAUCAAGCCGCCCGGCACGUUCACCGUCUUCAUGGACAUCUACCGCCGCGAGGGCAUCAAGGGCAUCAACAAGGGCGUCAACGCCGUCGCCGUACGGCAGUGCACCAACUGGGGCAGCCGCAUGGGUUUCGCCCGCCUCGCCGAGACGCCGGUGCGUGCCAUGUCGGGCAAGACGGAGGCCGAGAAGCUGUCGGGCGCCGAGCGCAUCCUGUGCUCGUCGAUCGGUGGCGCCCUCGGCUGCUGGAACCAGCCCAUCGAGGUCAUCCGUGUCGAGAUGCAGUCGAUGGCCAAGGCCGAGCCGGGCUCCAACCGCCCGACGAACCUCACGAUUGGCAACACGCUGAGCUACAUCUACAAGGAGAACGGCAUCAAGGGCCUGUACCGCGGCGUGACGCCGCGCAUCUUCCUCGGCAUCUGGCAGACGAUCUGCAUGGUCUCGUUCGCCGACUACGUCAAGGAGGCCAUUGCCGGCCCCAAGGUGCAGGCCGUGGCGCACAAGACGGCGGACCUGGCCGCGACGACGGCGCACCGGACGCAGGAGCUGGCCGAGCAGGCGGCCAACGAGGUCAAGGGCAUUGCCAAGAGCGCCUGAGCGCGCACGCGAGAGUAGAGCCGGGCCCGCCGCGGCCUGUGCGCGAAACGCUAGAGUCUGGAUUGGGAUGCCGCGUCCUGGGCCCGCUGCGCGGGUCGCCAGGCGCCCGCCGUCGGCCGAUGGCGGCGUAGAGAGGUGCAAUGAUCACGUUACAGCAGCUGCCCGAGAUGGACGAGCAAGCGGGUUGGUGUGCUGUGCGGACUGGCGGGCCGUCUGUGGCGCCCCUGCAACGUCUGGCUGCGGGCGAAGCACGGAGCACGGUGCACGCAUGCUGCCCU